UUGGAGAGAGGGUUGGAUUUUGGGUGGGGCUGGGGCUGGGGCUGGGACUUGAUCAAUCAAUGAUCAGAGCAAAUCCAUCGUAAAACAGAACGGGAAAUCCAAACCCCAGGACGAUAAUCCUCUGUUCUAUCGUCCACCCGGGCUGGCCCCCAACCAUAAUCAUUUCCUCCGCGCUAAAAUGCGCCCUCCACCUCACCGUCGCCCCUCUUCCCUCCUGUUUCAUUAGGGUUUCCCUUCUCCGAGCUCCCGAUCGAGCCUCUUCGCGUCUCUCUGCGGGUCUUCGUCGUCGUUUCCCUUGAUUCAUCAUCGAAUUAUGGCCGGUAGGGUUUGGGAGGCGGCGUUGGUUCUCUUGGCGCUGCUCGGGAGCCCAACCUUCGGUGAAUCCGUUCGGGUUCCUCCUUCGCCUCCCGUGUGUCCUGCGAGCUCGGUUACGGACUCGGUUUUAAGGAUGCGAGACUCAACCUGCCCGAGAGACUGGGAUCAAUCUGUCCGCUCUAUUGGUGUUACGGAGGGAGAUGAGGUCUCAUUGCAAAGAGCACUGAGUUUGAUUCAAAAAGAUAGUCGCAAUUAUGUUGCUUUGCUCUUCUAUGCGUCUUGGUGUCCUUUCUCUGGAACGAUUAGACCAACCUUAUCUAUUUUGUCAUCACUGUACCCCUCCAUCCCUCAUUUUGCGAUUGAAGAAUUAACCAUCAGGCCAAGCACUCUCUCAAAGUAUGGAGUUCAUGGGUUUCCUACUCUUUUUCUUCUAAAUUCUACCAUUCGUAUGCGCUACCAUGGAUCCCGUAGCCUUGGCUCUCUUGUUGCUUUCUACAAUGAUGUUACAGGCUUUAAGGCUACACAUCUGGAUGAACUCUCAAUGGAAAGAAUUGAACACCAAUACGAUCAUGAGGAAUACAAUAAUGGCGAGCAAGAAAGCUGCCCUUUUUCAUGGGCUAGAUCUCCUGAGAAUUUGCUCCAGCAUGAGACAUAUUUGGCCUUGGCUACCGCAUUUGUUCUUUUGAGGUUGCUCUACUUCAUUUUCCCAACUGUGUUUAAAUUUGCUCAAUUGGCUUGGAGAAGAUGCAUUCUAGGCAUAAGGUCAAGGAGUUUACUGGAGCAUCCUCUGGCCUAUCUGAAUCGAGCAAUACAAUUGUUUCGUUCCCUAAAGGAACCCUGCAAGAAAAGUAAUUUACAAGGAGGAGCAAUGAAUGCUAAAGCAUGGGCUUCAAAGUCCUUGGUUUCAGUUUCUUUUGGGGACACAAGCACCAGUUGAUUGUGCCAGUAAGUUGAUCUUGCUUACUGUUUGUUAUGAUUGCUUCUUCAUAGCUGCAACAUUUCUUGUUACUGGAAGUUUGUACUCUAGAAGACCUAGACAAUUCGACUGGGUCUUCAUUUGAGUCUAACCAGUUAAUCUGGUCAGGUGCUAAAGUUUAAUUUGUUUGGCUGUUGCAGCAAACCUGCCCCAUUUAUAUGUAACCUAGAAUAGAUUUUUGUAAUCACCUUCCAACAAAUAAAAAAUUGGUUUUAA